AUGAGAUUCCUCGGCGCACUCCUAGCAGUUCCUCUUGCUGUCCUCGCGGCCCCUAUCCUAGAGGCCGACGGUGAAGCGAUCCCGGGUAAAUGGAUUGCCGUCCUCAAGCCGGCUAAUACGACCGGUGAACUCUCCAGCACAGUUGCGAAUAUUUUAGAUGGGAUAGCUCCCGAGCACACCUACGACAUAGGGAGUUUUCAGGGGUAUUCGUUCUCGGCUUCCGAUGCUGUGAUCAACUCGCUUGCGGAUGUAGAUGAGAUCGCAUACAUUACGCCCGACACAAAAGUCAGCAUUGCGUCCCUGACCUCGCAAACCUCGGCGCCAUGGGGUCUCACUAGGAUCUCUAACCGGAAGCCAGACGCCUCCGAGUACACGUACGACGAGUCUGCCGGCGAGGGCACGUAUGCGUACAUCCUCGACACAGGCAUCUUCGUCGAUCACCCCGAGUUCGGCGGGCGUGCUUCGUUUGGCGCCAACUUCGUGCAGGGUAACAAUAACAACACCGACGAGCACGGACACGGCACUCACGUUGCCGGCAUCAUUGGCUCCGCAACCUACGGCGUGGCCAAGAAGAUAAACCUGAUUGCCGUAAAAGUCCUUCGUCCGACUGGCACUGGUGAUGUCAGUCAAAUAAUCGCAGGCCUCCAGUGGGCCGUGAAGGAUGCUAUCUCGAAUGGAACAAUCAAAAAGGCAGUUGUCAAUAUCUCACUUGGAGCUCCAAACAGAAACCCCGAAGCUCCUCUUAACGCGGCGGCAUCGGCAGCGGUUAAGCAGGGCCUAUUUAUAGCCGUCGCAGCCGGUAACGACGACGUGGACGCCGGGGGCUUCACUCCCGCUAACGAGCCUACUGUCUGCACGGUUGGCGCUACCCAACGUAAUGAUACCCGGGCGUAUUUCUCGAACUACGGCGAUCUAAUCGACGUAUUUGCGCCGGGAGAAGACAUCAUUAGCACGUCCAACAAUGGCAGCACGGCGAUCCGGUCAGGCACUUCCCAAGCCUCACCGUAUAUCGCCGGGCUUGCCGCCUACCUGUUAGCCCUUGAGGGCCCGCGUGAUCCCCUUGCUCUAUGUAGUCGCAUCCAGGAGCUCUCUACCAAAGAUGUAGUGGUAAAUUCCAGGUCUAAAAACAACAACGUAGCAAACAAUGGGGUCGAACAAAGCGGGUAG